GAAUCAUCAGGCAAAAUGCGCACGCACUUGGCGUUUUCUACGCGUUAACAGAACGAUUUGCGUACUCCCACGCGUACAUCGCGGCUGGUGGGGUUAGCGGGGUACAUUGGAUUUUUUUUUUUUUUUUUUUUUCUUAUGUGAAACGCGUCUUCGUGAUCUUCGCGCGUCGCGCGUGUUGCGCAACGCGAGGUACGUCUCGCCGUCGUCGUUGCGCGUCCCGACUCCCGUUAGCGUCGCCGCGCGGAAACGAAGAAUGGAGAACGAGCAGCAUCACUAUGAGCUUCGCAGCAGAAGCAGAUCACGUUCCCAUACGCCUAUGGUUCCAAAUCGUCCUCAGCAAGAGCCAGAGGUGACAGAGCGUCAUUAUGAUCUCAGAAAUUGGAGCCGGGAGAGAUCUCACACGCCUGGAGAAGUAACCAGUAGUAGAAGAUCUGGUUCUAGAUCAUUAACUGGCAGUGUAAAGACGCAUGAAAAGAACAUGGAAACCAUAGAGGAAAAUAAAGAAGGAUCUAUCACAGAAAGUCUAACAGAUAAUCAAAGCACAAAAUCCGAAGGUUCUGUCGUCACCAUAAAAAAGGCAGAACGCCGAUCGGAACGUCAAAGAGCCAAAAGACAAAUAUUUGUCAAUGGCCAGAGUGAAAGUAAGGAGGAUGCACCUGACAAGAAAGCAGAACGAAGACACAGAAGUGUUACACCACGCAGAGUAUUUACCAGUGACUAUUCUUCGGAAGAAGGAGAAAGAGAAGAUCCUCCAAGUAGGCCAGGAUCCGCCUACGAGAUUUACAAGCAAGCUGGUGAAUGGUGGAACGUUUUUCCAAAGACAGAUUAUACAUAUUCGCCAACGUCGCAGUGUCGUUACGAGAUCGCCCCAGGUAUAUUAGCUAUGCCCAAUAUGUCGAGACGGCCUAUACACGCAAACAACGGAAGUACCGUAUCUCAAACAAGUCAUCGAAAUUUAAGUCAAGCUUCGCAAGGAACGACAGAAAGCGGAAUCAGCGAUAUGGACACGGCUGAUUUGAAAGAGACCAUCUCUCCAAUUCAUUCGUUUGGGGAUAAUUGCGACAUGUCACGCGCGGAUAUGUCGAUUUCUACAGCAAAAACGACUUUGUACAAGAAGACACACGUAAAACAAUAUACAAGUCACAAAGAAAUAAUUUAUUCGGAUCCAAGAUGUUCUUCAAAUUUUCGGUCAAGCUACUUAUCGUGGGCGAAUACUCCAAUUGGAAAGUAUGAUGCAUCUCAUGCCGAUUCUGAUACCGAUUUGGAUGAUACUUACGUAAAAUCAUCGGUCAAAACUAAUCAAAGUUGGAGAGUCGUGCAAUGGUUCACAUAUUUUACAACCUUUAUUGUCAUCUGCUUUAGGAAAACUGUCGAAUUCUUCAAGUUUAAAACGGAUGAGAAAAGACAGUGUUAUGUUUCGCAAGCUUAUCGCUCAUCUAAUGAAUCCAAAUGGAGCUCGUUAUGGCAAACUUUGGAUCGUUAUACGCACAAUAUGUACUUUUUCUUCGUCAGAAUGCUUGUACUUGAUGCUUGGCUGUUAAGUCGAUUCACUGGCGUUAGGAAGUGGCUAGAAAAAAGCCCAAGGAUUCUAUGGAUCACACUUUUACCGUUACUUCUUUUGUUUGGUGGUUGGUGCAUAGUACAAUGUUUGUCGCUUCUCUCUGACGUUAAACCUGUGACUGAAACAGCAAUAGAAAAAUCGUUAAAUAAUGUACAAUGGGAGGAUCGUCAAAAUAAAAUUAUUGAAAAAAUAUUAACUGACAAUGAAAUAAUUAAAGAAAAUUUAGUUAACAAAGCUGAUUUGGUCAACAGGAUAGAAAUGCUUGAGAAUAGACAGACGCAUCAAAUGGACUAUCUUAUUAAUAUUACUCGGACUGUAGAAGAUCGUAAGCAAAGUGAUGCCAAUUUCCGGAAGGAGUAUGAUGACAAAAUUAUUAAUGUGGAAAAUAAGCUGGAUAUCAGCGAAUUAAAAAAUAUAGCAUAUAGCGAACUUAAAGUUAUUAAAAACGAAUUUGAAGAAUUACGCAAACUGUAUUCAGAAUUAAAAUCUUGUUGUAAUGCCAAUGCAGAAUCUAUCAUAAAUCAGGAUAUAGAAAAGCACGUAGAAAAAAUUUUACUUAGCUACUUUCCUUCCGGAAUUUUGAAAGAAGAGCUCGGGCAAAACUUGCAAAGUUUACUUGCAUCUCAUAAUAGAGAAGCUCAAAAAGUUCUUGACAAUGCAAAUGUUCAUACUUCGGACGAGCAUAUACGCAAAAUAGUAAAAGAAGUUUUGCGAAUUUAUGACGCGGAUAAAACGGGUCAAGUAGAUUAUGCUUUGGAAACGGCAGGCGGUCAGAUUAUUAGCACGCGAUGCACUCAGCGAUAUGACAUAAAGUCGAGAGCCUUCAGUUUAUUCGGUUUCACAUUGUAUUACGAAAGCAAUAAUCCGCGGACAGUAAUACAGGGAAAUCCGAUACAACCUGGUGUUUGUUGGGCCUUCCAAGAUUUUCCCGGAUACCUCCUGAUACAAUUGCGAAGUUUUAUUUAUGUAACUGGUUUCACUCUGGAGCAUGUGUCCAAAUUGAUUUUACCAAAUGAAAACAUGUCGAGUGCGCCCAGAAAAUUCAAUGUCUGGGGAUUAUUGAAUGAGAACGAUCUUGAGCCAGUGAUGUUCGGGGAGUACGAAUUCACGUAUUCCGAUGAAAGUUUACAAUAUUUUCCAGUUCAGAACACAGAAAUCAAUAAACCAUAUGAAUACAUAGAAUUGAGGAUACACAGCAAUCACGGACAACUAGACUACACGUGUUUAUACAGAUUUCGUGUUCACGGAAGACUAGCUUAAGAAUUGAUCGCGCUAAGGUUCCUUUUCACAAGACAUUCGUAAAAUCGUUCAAGCAGUAGCAAGAACGAGCCACAAUCUUCUCCAAUACGUGCCUUCGAUUACCGUUAACGAUAAACGUAAAAAUUGGCGCGAUUUGUCGCAGCACCUGUAACUAUAAUUGUUAAUAGAGCGAUUAUUUAACGCUUUUGUAAUAGAUUUUCAAUGAAACGAUCUCGAAACACUUCAUACAUACGCGCCGAUAUUUAAUACACACGACACGGAAGCCGUUUCCGUCACCAUUUAAAUGCGUUGAACGCUGUAUAUAUACAUUUAAUAAUUUAUACUGAUUAAGAAGAUUGCACGAUUGAUCGGGUCAAGCAAGAAAACUCACGAAUGUCGGUCCGAUGAUUCCACGUUAUGCCUAUAUAUAAAUAUCUUCACUAUAUGGCCUUGCUGUAGCAGUUACCCGAGUAAUGUACUCUGAAAGAAA